AUGUCGUCCACACCGGCAGGGAGGCUGAAUAUCAACAACGUCAACCCUCACGUCAGGGAGGCCAAGUACGCCGUCCGAGGCGAGCUCGCCGUCAAGUCUGAGGAGUACCGUGCAAAGCUCGCUAGAGGCGACACCGACCUCCCAUUCACCCAGGUCAUCUCCGCCAACAUCGGCAACCCCCAGCAGCUCGACCAGAAGCCCAUCACCUUCUUCAGACAGGUCCUGAGUCUGCUCGAGAACCCUUUGCUUCUGCAGCACGAGGAUGUUCUCCUGAACCGACUUGGCUACAAGACCGAUGUCAUCGAGAGGGCCAAGUGGCUGCUGAGCAAGGCUGGCUCGGUCGGAGCAUACAGCGCCAGCAACGGCGUCCCCGCCAUCAGGCAGAGCAUUGCUGACUUUCUGGAGAGACGAGAUGGCUUCCCAGCCAAUGAAGCUGACAUUUACCUCUCGGGUGGCGCCUCCUCGGGCGUCAACACCCUUCUGCACAUUAUCUGCGAGAGCCCCAACACAGGUGUCUUGGUGCCCAUUCCCCAGUACCCUCUGUACACUGCUGCCCUCGCCGUCCUGAACGCCACAUGCGUUCCCUACUACCUUGAUGAGUCCCAGAACUGGGGCACCGACGUUUCGGCUAUCAAGAAGGCCUGCGCUGACGCAAAGGCGCAGGGCGUCGAUGUUCGCGCCAUUGUCAUCAUCAACCCAGGCAACCCAACCGGCGCCAGCUUGUCCGAGGCCGACAUCCGCAGCGUACUCGACUUCGCGCGCGAGGAGAAGCUGGUUGUUAUGGCGGACGAGGUGUACCAGACGAACGUUUUUGUUGGCAAGUUCGUCUCCUUCAAGAAGGUCCUCAGGUCGCUGCAGAAGGAGAAUCCCGGAAAGUACGAUGCCGUCGAGCUUGCCUCUCUGCAGUCCGUCUCAAAGGGCAUGGUGGGUGAGUGCGGCCACCGUGGCGGCUACUUCGAGCUGGUGGGUUUCGACCCCAAGGUGCAGGCCGAGAUCUACAAGUUCGUGUCCAUCACCCUGUGCGCGCCCGUCAUCGGGCAGUGCCUGGUCGAGCUCAUGGUCAACCCGCCCAAGCCCGGCGACCCAAGCUACGAGCUGUACGACAAGGAGUACAACGGCAUCUUUAACAACCUCAAGGAGCGUGCCUAUGCUUUGUGGCACGCCUUCGAGAAGAUGGAGGGCGUCGAGUGCGGCGAGCCCCAGGGCAGCAUGUACCUCUUCCCCACCGUCAAGAUCCCGGCCAAGGCCAUAGAGGCGGCCAAGGCCGAGGGACGCGCGCCCGACGAGUUUUACUGCCUGAGGCUGCUGGAGGCCACGGGAGUCUGUCUUGUUGCCGGCAGCGGAUUCGGCCAGAAGGAGGGCACGCUGCACUUCCGGACGACUUUCCUCGCCCCUGGCACCGAGUGGGUCGGUUCUAUUGUUAAGUUUCAUGAGGAGUUCAUGAACAAGUACCGAUAG